AUGGAUGAAGCGACACGCAACAAGCUGCUUAAGAGCUACAAGACUCAGGUAGCCUCGGCGUCAUCCACUGUCUUCGCUACGCUCGCAGUGACUCCCCUGGAAAACGUCAAAACCCGUAUGCAGACGCACAACUUUCAAAAUGUAGCCCAGUGUAUUCGCUACUUGUGGCGUACUGAAGGCCCGCGUGGUUACGUGGCUGGCGCUCUGCCACCUCUUGCAAGCGUUACGGCGGUUAGGGUGAUGAAUUUUACCACCUAUGCCUUUGCCAAAAAUAAGGUCUCCGACUUUAUCCAGAGAAUGACCGGGGAGUCGCCUUUGGAAAUUUACGACCAGGAAGGCAGCAGCCCCACUGUUUCUACUGUGGUCACCUUUACCGCUGCUGGUCUUUUUGCAGGACUCGUCAGUUCGCCGGUUGCUUGUCCCUUUGAGCUUGCGAAGAACGUAGUUCAGACCUCGGUCUUGAUGUCCCACCGUUCCCAGGCCUCUAACAAUGCGCCCAAUGACCCUUCACUGCGUAACAUGCCACGUCUUAGCACUACCGAAGCGUUCCGACAGAUCUACAAGAGAUAUGGUUUCCGCGGACUGUACACCGGAUUCCAUCUUCAUGCCCUGCGCGACACCGUCGGUACCGGCCUGUAUUUUGGCGUGUACGAGACUGUCAAGCAGAUUGCGGAAAGAGAAAUGGGCAAGGGAACAGGAGCGCCCGCGAUUGCCGGUGCAAUCUGCAGCACCAUGCCCUGGUUUUGUACCUACCCGCUUGACACCCGCAAGACUCGCGCCCAGAGUGUGCUGCUUGGCAAGUCCAAGGAAGUCGGAGAGGCGGCCUCGGCUAUGGCGAAGUCUAGUAUCUACAAGGGUUUGUCGAUCAUUUUGAUCCGUACCGCCAUCAACAACAUGAUUCUCCUGAGCAUCUACGAAUACAUGAACAGAAGAAUUGAUAAUCUCGAUGAUUAA